AAAAUGGGUUCUCCACAAGAGACUUGUACUUCACUUGAUUUGAUUAGGCAACAUCUUUUUGAUGAAUCUCUGGACCAGACUUGUUUCUCUUUUGAAACAACUCAAACUUCAAAUCUUGAUGACAUCGCAAGCUUCUUUAAUGCUACUUCAAAAACAGAGUAUGAUGGUUUUUUCGAAUUUGAGGCAAAACGACAUGUUAUCCAUUCAAAUUCUCCGAAACAGAGUAACUUGAGAGAACGGAAGCCAUCUCUGAACGUAGCAAUACCGGCGAAGCCUGUUGUUGUUGUAGAGAACGUUGAGAUUGAGAAGAAGCAUUACAGGGGAGUUAGACAGAGGCCAUGGGGGAAGUUUGCAGCGGAGAUUCGUGACCCAAAUAGAAAGGGGACUCGAGUUUGGUUAGGAACAUUUGAUACUGCUGUGGAUGCGGCAAAGGCAUAUGACAGGGCAGCGUUUAAGCUUAGAGGAAGCAAAGCAAUAUUGAAUUUCCCACUCGAAGUUGCAAACUUUAAGCAACAAAAUGAUGAGACUAAAACAGAGAUGAAGUCGUCAGGCAGUAAAAGGGUGAGAGGAGAAACAGAGGAAUUAGUAAUCAAGAAGGAAAGGAAAAUAGAAGAAGAAAGAGUACUCCCAACGGCGGCGGCUCCAUUAACACCGUCAAGUUGGUCGACGAUUUGGGAUGAAAAGGGUAUUUUUGAGGUGCCACCAUUGUCACCAUUAUCUCAGCUUGUUAUGAUAUAAUUUUGGAUUAUAAGUAUUUGAUGAAUAUGCACCUGACUAUAAACUAAGUCUGAGGUGAAUUAGGAUUAUAAUUAUGUGUCUCUUUGGAUCUUUAAUCUUUAAUAAUUUCUUUCAUUAA